AUGUCAGGGUCCAAAACUAUCUCAAUGCCUUUAGCAAACCACUUCACAUUAAGCAAGGCUCAAUGCCGUAAUACUGAUGCUGAGUUUAUUAGAAUGGAGACCAUACCCUAUGCUAAUGUGGUUAGAUCCUUGAUGUAUGCUAUGAUUAGCACUAGGCCCGACUUAUCAUUUGUGAUAUCAUUGCUGAGUAGAUUCAUGUCCAAUCCUGAUAUGGAACAUUGGACAGCCCUGAAGUGGGUACGCAAAUAUGUUAGUGGAUCUUUAAAUGUGGGACUGGAAUACUGUAAAAGAUAUGCCUCACUUGAGCUGGAUGGUUUUGUAGAUUCUUAUUUUGCAGGUGACAGGGACAGUAAGAAGUCAACCACUACAUAUUACUUUACCUUGGGGGGCAACUACAUCAGCUGGAAGUCCCAAUUACAGCCUAUAGUUGCACUAUCAACAACCGAAGCUGAAUAUGUGGCUGUAGCUGAUGUAUUUAAAGAGGCAAUGUGGCUCAAAGGGAUCCUGAGUGAAGCAAACCUGUCUGAACUGAGGCCANCUGUCCAAACUCAAACCAGUCAAGAAACUGGAGCUGCUACUGAACAUGAAGAAGAAAUUGGACAACUGAUCCAGAACAUGAGGAUGAGAUAG